AUGCAAGAACUUGCAAAGCGUUUUCUUAAAAUAUUUCUUUUCGUAUCGUUCACGUCUGAGUUCUUAAAAGCUCAACUGAUUGAAACAGUGCCACUUUGGAAGCUUAUCUCCAGUACAAUUCAAACUGAUACUCGCAAUAGUAAACUCAAUAUCGAUACAUUAGGAGAGCUGCUGCGCGGAAUUGAUUACUUAAAUUUACAUUUAUUUAAAGAGAGUAAUUUGGAGAAUGAUAUAAUACAACAAUUGCUUCAACAAAGUUUUUGUCCACUUCAAUUGAGUGUUGGCCGAAUAAUGCCGCAACCUACUCCCAAUCAACGACAUUGGGCUUUGGUCACGUCAAGCGCAGAUUUAGCUAUGAACCUAAAUGGUUUGGCGCGUCGGCUAUGGAUUGAACGCGGUGCAUUAAGGAUCUUUUACAUCAUUCCAAAUGGGAGCAGUGGUGGUUUUGAUUGCUUCUUUUUGAAUCCGUUUGUAAAAACUGGCGGACAACGUGGCGAAAUGUCUCGUUUAGACGGGCAAAAUUAUCAGCGCAUUUUUCAAAAUCUUCAUGGGUAUCCCCUGCGUACGUACAUUUUUCAUUCUGUUUAUUCAAAUAUUGAAGUAUUUACCAACGAGACAACAAGAAAAAUUAUUGGAGCAACAGGUGCUGAUGGAAAAGUAGCGGACUUGUUGGCAAAUAAAAUGAAUUUCACAAUGGAUUUGCAAUGGCCGGACGAUGCGUUUUUCGGGGCCCGUUCAAGUAAUGGCAGCUACAAUGGCGCAAUUGGUCGAAUAGUACGAUUUGAAACCGACCUAAUUAUAACAGGAUUUUUCAUAAAGGAUUAUUUGACACGUGAUAUUGCAUUUUCUUCCCCCGUAUACAUGGACGAACUUUGUUGUUAUGUGAAGAAAGCGAGUCGCAUACCUCAGUCCAUAUUGCCUUUAUUCGCUGUGAACGUUGACAUUUGGAUAACUUUUAUAUUUGUUGGAUUUGUAUGUCCCUUUAUUUGGAUGCUAUUGAGAUAUCUAAAUUUAAGCACUCUGGCAAAUAGAGCAGCCUUUUCGCAACCCGAAAAGUUAAAAAUUCAGGAACUUCGAUAUAUAACUCAGAGCCAUGUGCAACAAUACAAACGCAUCGUUAUAGAUGCCUGGGUAAUGUGGGUACGUGUUAAUCUCGUUUAUUAUCCCCCCUUCACAUCGGAACGAGUCUUCAUUGCUUCGCUUAGUUUAGUGAGUGUGAUUUUUGGUGCACUUUUUGAAUCGAGCUUGGCAACAGGAUAUAUACGCCCACUUCACUAUAAAGACAUCAAUUCCAUGAAAGAACUUGAUGAGGCUAAUAUACGUAUAUACAUAAAGCAUGCAGCCAUGAGGGAUGACCUUUUUUACGGCCACAGUUCAAAAAUAUAUCAGAAUUUAGAAAAAAAAUUACUUCUAAUCGCCGAAUUAGAAGAACGUCUGAUUAGAACAAUGUCUAGAGGAGGCAGAUUUGCUUCUGUUACCAGAGCAUCUUCACUUGAACUCGACGACAUACACUAUUUUAUAACGAACAAAAUACAUAAAAUACCAGAAUGUCCCAAGAACUAUCACAUAGCUUUUGUAUUUCCAAGUCAAUCGCCUUUAGAAAAGAACAUAAAUAUAUUAUUACUUAAAUUUGUUCAAGCCGGCUUUAUUGAUCAUUGGAUUGGUGAUAUGAAAUAUAAAGCAAAGAUAAGAACUCGUAAUUUCUCUGGAUAUUUGGAGGAGAGUGGCGAAAACUGGAAAAUUUUAACGCUUAAUGAUUUGCAAUUGGCUUUUUAUACAAUCAUUUUUGGCAGCAUUAUGGCGUUUGUUGUGCUCGUAAUAGAAUGGAUAAUGCAAUGUAGACGGAAAAACUUCUCCAAAAAAAACAAAAGUAAUGCUUACAUAUAAUAUACAUACAUAUGUACAUAUUUACAUACGUACAUAUGUGUGUUGGUUGCGAAAAAAUCACCAAAAGAAAUUACUUAGUGAACGAUCGAAUAAAUGUAUGUACAUAU